ACAGCCCAGAUGUGCACAGAGCCACGCCGAUAGCAUUCUUAUUUUGUUUUUUUUUUAAUCUGCAAACAGAGGAGCUGCCGGAGCGGCGGCGGGCACGGCCCAACCCACAGCGCAGUGAAGAGCCGGGAGGCAGCGGCACAGCCCUGGCACGGCCAUGGGGCAGAAGUGCAUGGACAAGGUGUCCUCCUUCCUCUUCGAGUAUGACACCCCUCGGAUGGUGCUGGUGAGGAACAAGAAGGUGGGACUGACCUUCCGGCUGAUCCAGCUGAUCGUCCUGGCGUACAUCAUCGGGUGGGUGUUCCUCUACGAGAAGGGCUACCAGUCUCAGGACAGCAUUGUCAGCUCGGUCUCAGUGAAGUUGAAAGGGCUGACACUGACCAACGAGAGUGUCCUGGGUCCUCACAUCUGGGAUGUGGUGGACUAUGUUUUCCCACCCCAGGGGGACAACUCGUUCGUGGUGAUGACCAACUUCAUUGUCACUCCUGGACAGAAACAAGGAACCUGCCCAGAGCUGCCAGAUGCUGGGCUGUGCAUACAGGACAGUGACUGCAGCAAAGGGAAGUACAGCCGUCAGGGACAAGGGCUCAUGACUGGCAAGUGUGUACGCUUCAACAGCACUGUGAAGACCUGUGAGAUCUUUGGCUGGUGCCCUGUUGAAGUUGAUUACCAUGUUCCCAGCCCUGCUCUGCUGUCAGAAGCAGAGAAGUUCACCUUGUUCAUCAAGAACAGUAUCACCUUCCCCAAGUUCAAGGUGUCCAGGCGCAACUUGGUUGAGAGCGUUACCAAGCAGUACCUGAAGAAAUGCACCUAUCACAAAGUCACUGAUUCCUUAUGUCCUGUGUUUGAACUGGGAUACAUAGUGAAGGAAUCGGGUCAGAAUUUUACCUUCCUGGCUGUUAAGGGUGGAGUGGUGGGGAUCACCAUAGACUGGAACUGUGACCUCGACUGGCCCCUGCGCUACUGCAAACCCAUUUACCAGUUCCACGGCCUUUACAAUGAUGACAGCAAUGUUUCACCAGGGUUCAACUUCAGAUAUGCCAAAUACUACAAAGAAGAUGGGAUGGAAAAGAGGACACUCUACAAGGUGUUUGGGAUCCGGCUCGACAUUCUGGUGAAUGGCAAGGCAGGCAAAUUUGACAUCAUCCCGACCAUGACCACAAUUGGCUCUGGAAUUGGUAUUUUUGGAGUGGCCUCUGUCCUCUGUGACCUGCUCCUGCUGCAUUUUCUCCACGGACGAGACUAUUACAAGCAGAAGAAAUUCAAAUAUGCAGAACAGGAGCCUUCGAAGUCGCAUAAGAAGGAAAAGAAGCCAGACAACACACAGUGAGAGCAGAAUUCACACUGACUGAAAAACCUGCACCCCUCUUCCUCCUCCUCAUUCUCUUAAAACUCGGUUGCCAUCCUGUCACCUCCCUGGGCCAGCCCCAAGACCAGCAGAAGCAGCAUCCAGCUCAUGGGAAGGUGGUGCCCUGCAGCCAGGCAGGGACUGGCUAGCCCAGUACACAGCCUGUAGUGGGACAUGUCAUGAUGCUGUGGAUGGGUCAAACUAAGGGAUCUUGGGACCUCUGCCAGCUCUGCUGCAGGGCAUUGGGUCUGCUGCCCUUCAGAAGGGCUCGCACUGCACCUGCCUGGUGUGCCAAGGCUGUGCCAAGCCACUUGCACCUGAAGACCCUGGGGAGAGCACAGCUGCCUCUUCUGCCCCAGAUGCACCGUUGGACAGUUCCAAAUUGAGAAGGGGAAGGAAGGAGAGCUGGCAGGAACCAUGCCCAGCCCUCUGCCUGGGAGAAAAAUGGUUAUUUUGUA